AUGGACGGCCGGCCAAGAGUGGACGACGGGUCAUACAUGCCCACAGUGUCAGACACUCUGCCUGCCAUGCUGCCGCCUGCACUAAUGUCGCCAACCCGACCGCAGUCCGCAGAUUCUGAGGACUCGCAGGUUCAACUGAUGGAACAUAUGAGGUCGCCAUCCCGAAACACAUUCGGGUCCAGGUCUGUGAUGGGCAGCUUCUUCGCCCACACUCACCUCAACUCCUUCAUCAUCAACGACCUCACUAACUACUCCAUGAACGACCAGAGAUGGACGCUGCAAAGGAAAAAAAUAGGACUGGCGAGAAGGACAAAGGGCACGUCAGAGAAGAAGUCUCGGGACUUGAAGUCCAGAGACAUCACACUGAACUUCGUGCGGCAGUUCAAGAGGAAGGAAUGCAUCAAGUACGUGAAGGCCCGUGCGUCUGGCUCGUCAAAUAUUUGUUACUGCGGCCUGAGGGAAGAACGACAUCGCCUGCUGCCUCCACCCAGCCUCUUCAUCCAGCCGCAGCCGCUGCACAACACCGACACCAGGAUACCAGUGCUGGAAGAUGAUCAGGCUCCGACUCUGAACUUAUUCCCCGGCCACCCCUUGGACCCUUACUCACCCCAUAACCGAGGAGGAGGGCGACCAGGUUCCGACCCUCAGGUCCCCUCUCAAGAGUACGAUCAUUUUGAGCCUACAAAGCCUGGAGUUUCGUCAGGAGCCAACAUGAUGUUCCCCAAGGAGCUCAUGAAGACCUUGGAUGGGGAAGAAGAUGCCACCAACACAGCCUGGAACAUGGGCCGGUGUAUUGCUGAGUAUCCUACCGAUGCUUACGGACUCAUUGACUUCGUCAGCGAAACUUCUGGUUCUAGCAAACCGGCUAAAUACGUGCGUAUGAGUAACACCACGAGUAUGGAUAAAGUAUUGUCCCUGUUAAUCGAUUAUUGGCGUCUCACUGAACCUGUGAGGCCAAACCUUGUACUCUCUGUCACCGGUGGGGCCAAGAACUUUAAACUUGAUGGAAACAAAAAAGCUGUUUUCAACACAGGACUCAUCAAGGCCGUUCGCUCUACGAACGCGUGGCUGUUGACGGGGGGAGUACACGUUGGGGUGAUGAGGAGUGUGGGGGAGGCCGUCAACGAGGGGCAACACAUCAUCAGGGAAGAAAGUGUACAUCUCGUGCGAGGGAUCAAGUGUCUCGGAGUAGCUCCCUUUGGCUACGUCAAAGACUACGAGUCGUUGGUUAAUGACGAUCCCGGGGCCUUCUCUAAAGUCAGGUACAAAGUGGACGAGAAGAUCGAAAAGCACGCGAACAUUUCCCUGAACGGCGACCACACGCAUUUCAUCCUCGUGGACAACGGCAUGCGACAUUCGUUCUCUGGCGCCGAUCGGUUCCGGACUCGUCUGGAGGAGGCGAUCCAGGCUCCAGAACCAUCAGGGCUGGGCAUCCCGGUGGUGCUGCUGCUGCUGGAGGGCGGUAUGUCCUCCAUCGUCAAGUGCUCCAUGGCGCUCAAGAGUCGCAUCCCAGUCGUGGUGGUAGCUGGCACGGGUAGAGCGGCGGACCUCAUCGCUUACGGUGUCUCCAUGACAGUGUGCACUGACCUGGUGCUGCAGUGCUGCCAGCUCGCCGACCUCAUCACCAUUUACGACAUCAACUCGGGCGAGCCUAUGGACAAAUAUAUCCUAUUUGCCCUUCUUAAAGGAGAUGGCCUGGCGUCGGAGUCGUCUCGACUAGACCAGCUGCACCUGUCGCUGCUGUGGAACAGACCUGACAUUGCUGA